UUGUCAACAUGCAGCUUCUGUAUAAACCAGUGAUAAAGUUGUGCUUCCUUGAUCUCUGGUGCUGGCAGCGGCUUCAGAUGGUGUCGUCCCGGCUGUCACGUACCAGCCUCUUAAUUCUGGGAAGUUCCCGUGCCUUUGGUGUUGAAUAGAGGUGGAGAAAGAGUCCGAACUCUCAUUUGCAGAAGCGGAGUGCCAGGAUAAGAGAUUUUGAUAUUUUUGGAGAUAUUCUGGAUUUUUGGGGGGAAAUUGUCUUGCCGUUCAGAACAGGAUCAAAGGUUCAAGAGUGUGCAGUGAGGAAGCAUUGUUAUUAGUUAUGACGAACCCUUAUGCAUACAUUAUUGAGCCUCUGGACCCCCAGAAGCCCGACCACAAGUUCUUCAACCUUAAAAAGCUUAAAGACCCCAGAUAUGACCAGCUUCCCUUCUCCAUCCGUGUGCUGCUGGAGUCUGCGGUGAGGAACUGUGACGGGUUCCUGGUGAAGAAAGAGGAUGUGGAGAAAGUCCUCAACUGGAAGGUGACGCAGAGUCAGACCGUGGAGGUGCCUUUCAGACCGGCUCGCGUCAUCUUGCAAGACUUCACGGGUGUUCCUGCAGUGGUCGACUUUGCAGCCAUGCGUGAUGCAGUGAAAAAAUUACAGGGCGACCCUGAGAAGAUUAAUCCAGUUUGUCCGGCAGACCUGGUCAUAGAUCAUUCCAUUCAGGUCGACUUCAACAGGAAGUCUGACAGCCUUCAGAAAAACCAAGACCUUGAAUUUGAAAGGAACAGAGAACGAUUUGAGUUUUUGAAGUGGGGUUCUAAAGCAUUCCGGAACAUGCGGAUCAUUCCGCCGGGAUCAGGAAUAGUCCAUCAGGUCAAUCUGGAAUACCUGGCCAGGGUCGUGUUUGAGCAGGACGGAUACUACUAUCCAGACAGUCUGGUGGGAACGGACUCCCACACUACCAUGAUCGAUGGGCUGGGAGUGCUGGGCUGGGGUGUUGGAGGUAUCGAGGCGGAGGCGGUCAUGUUGGGUCAGCCGAUCAGCAUGGUGCUGCCAGAGGUCAUCGGCUACAAACUACAGGGGACGCCCAACAAAUAUAUCACCUCCACUGACAUAGUGCUUACUGUCACCAAGCAUUUGCGGCAAGUUGGUGUGGUUGGAAAAUUUGUGGAGUUUUUCGGCCCUGGUGUUGCUCAGCUGUCUAUCGCUGACCGCGCCACCAUCGCCAACAUGUGCCCUGAGUAUGGAGCCACCGCUGCCUUCUUCCCUGUAGACCAGAUCAGCAUUCAUUAUCUGAAGCAGACGGGGAGGGACGCAGAGAAGCUGAAUUACAUAGAAAAGUAUCUGAAAGCGGUGGGCAUGUUCAGAGACUACAGCAACACAGCGGAGGAUCCACAGUUCACUCAGGUUGUUGAGUUGGACCUCAGUACGGUCGUCCCCUGCUGCAGCGGUCCCAAGCGGCCACAGGACAAAGUGGAUGUAUCAGAGAUGAAGCAGGACUUUAAAACGUGUUUAGGGGCCAAGCAAGGCUUCAAAGGAUUCCAGGUGGCUCCGGAGCGCCAUGAUGUUCGAGUGCCCUUCCAGUUUAACGGAGCGGAGUAUUCUCUGUCUCACGGAUCCGUGGUCAUCGCAGCUAUUACCAGCUGCACUAACACCAGUAACCCCUCAGUCAUGCUGGGAGCAGGUCUGUUGGCGCAGAGGGCUGUAAAGGCUGGUCUCCGUGUCAAGCCGUACAUAAAGACCAGUCUGUCUCCAGGCAGUGGAGUGGUCACAUACUACCUUAAAGAGAGCGGGGUCAUGGACUUCCUCUCACAGUUAGGUUUCGAGGUUGUUGGUUACGGCUGCAUGACCUGCAUUGGAAACAGUGGACCUCUACCAGAGCCGGUUGUAGAGGCGAUUACUCAGGGUGAUUUGGUGGCUGCGGGUGUCCUGUCUGGAAACAGAAACUUUGAGGGUCGCGUCCAUCCCAACACACGAGCCAAUUACCUGGCCUCUCCUCCUCUGGUCAUUGCCUAUGCUAUAGCAGGCACAAUGAGAAUAGAUUUUGAAAAAGAGCCUUUAGCCGUGAACUCUCAGGGAAAAGAGGUUUUCCUGAGGGACAUCUGGCCCACGCGGGAGGAGAUCCAGGCGGUGGAGAGACAGUUUGUCAUUCCUGCCAUGUUUAAGGAGGUCUAUGAGAAAGUUGAGAAAGUGAAUGAACGCUGGAACUCCCUGAAAGCUCCUUCUGACAAGCUGUAUACCUGGGAUCCCAGUUCUACUUACAUUAAAUCCCCUCCUUUCUUUGAUGGACUGACCCGGGAGCUGCAGACACCAAACUCCAUAACAGACGCGUACGUGCUGCUCAAUUUGGGAGAUUCUGUGACCACGGACCACAUCUCGCCUGCUGGAAACAUUGCACGUAACAGUGCUGCCGCACGAUACCUGACCAGCCGCGGACUCACCCCGAGGGAGUUCAAUUCAUAUGGUUCUCGUCGAGGGAAUGACGCAGUCAUGGCUCGAGGCACAUUUGCCAACAUCCGCCUCUUUAACAAGUUUAUAAACAAGCAAGCACCAAGUACCAUCUACCUUCCUACAGAGGAGACGAUGGAUGUUUUUGAUGCUGCAGAGAAAUACCAGCAGGCUGGUCAUCCUCUCUUGAUUCUGGCGGGCAAAGAGUAUGGAUCGGGAAGCUCUAGAGAUUGGGCGGCUAAAGGGCCUUUCCUGCUGGGCAUCAAAGCUGUUCUAGCAGAGAGUUACGAGCGGAUUCAUCGCAGUAAUCUGGUUGGGAUGGGCAUCAUCCCUCUGGAGUAUCUGCCGGGUGACAGCGCUGAAAGCCUGGGGCUCAGCGGCCGCGAGAGAUACACUGUGAUCAUUCCUCCACAGAUCACGCCCAGAAUGAAUGUCGACAUCAAGCUGGACACAGGGAAGACGUUUCAGGCCAAGAUGAGGUUCGACACGGACGUGGAGCUCACGUACUUCCAUCACGGCGGCAUCCUCAACUACAUGAUCCGCAAGAUGUCCCAAAACUGACACCGUCUUCAGGACGAUCCCCUCGAAACGCACAUAUUAUCCACCAUCUGGAUGCUUGUUUUGUCCCAUCAGUGGUUUUGUCUCUCUCUCUUUUUUUUUUGUUAGUUAUAACAGUAUAAACGUUGAUUCUUUUUUCUUUUUUUAAGAUGUACCAAUGAUUCCGUUUCAUUGCUGAAUCAUUUUCUUUCAGAAGAGUCACGUAAUGGUUAUGCAUUAACUUCAUUAGACUGAAAUACUGACGAACAUGUGGUUUAAAACGGAUGUUGCAUCAGAUAAAUCCCUUUAACAGCUGUCGGAUAUCAGAUGAAAAUAUGAAAGUGCCUAUGUUUUCACACAUUGUGUCUAAUCAUUUGAAAAAGCCUGUGCUUGUUUCAUUCCAAGUCUUUAUUUCUUAUGCAUCUGUACUCAGAGCUGGGUAGUAACUGAUUGCAUGUAAUCUGGAUUACGUAAUCAGAUUCCAAAAAUGAGGCACUUGUAAUUAGAUUAAAUUACAUUUUAAAAUACUCGUAAUCAGACGAAGGUUACCUUUUUAUUGAGUGCAUAUUAUUCACACAAU